AUGCCGGGUGCAGUGGGCGCUGGCCACUCCCACCGGCCCACGACCAAGGUGUCGCACAAGCCCUUCAAGUCACGGAAGGCAACCAAGGGUCAGAUGCGGAAUGCUGCCAAAGGCAGAACCCAGGACGAGCGAGGCCUGCGCAAGACACCACACCAACAAGUCAUGUCGAAACUCGAGCGACGAAACCAGGCCAAGCAGAGGCAGUUGGAAAAGGCCCGCGAGCAUCAGAAGGAGACGUCGAUCUUCUCCGGAAAAGAUGGCGCGCCCCGGAAUGUUGCCGUAAUCCCCUUAUGUGCCGACAGCGAUGCUUCCGCCGCCAUCCAGAAGUUAAACGGCAGCAUUGAUAUUGAGGCCGAAGUGCAAAAUGGGUGUUUCCGAGUUCCGGUUGACAGGUUCAAGCAGAGGCUACAAUAUGUGCCCCUGAAGAGGGACCUUACUGCUUGUCUAGACGCCGCCCGGGUGGCCGAUUUUAUCGUUCUGGUACUCUCUGCCGAGGUGGAGGUUGACGAUCUGGGCGAGCUGAUUCUGCGGAGUGUUGAGAGCCAGGGCAUGUCAACUCUGUUUACUGUUGUUCAGGGUCUUGACAAGAUCGAACCUGCGAAGCAAAGACUCUCCGUGGUCUCAUCUCUCAAGUCAUAUAUCACACAUUUUCACCCGGAACAAGACAAGAUCUACAGUCUCGACAAUCGGCAAGAAUGCUCGAAUUUGAUGCGAUCGUUUUGUAGCACAACACCGAAGGGGAUCAGGUGGCGGGAUGAGCGGAGCUGGAUGCUGGUCGAGAACGUCAAGUUCGCCUCUUGCGAAUCCGAAAGCACAAUACUCACUGGGGUUGUCCGGGGCAAGGGCCUUAAGGCCGACCGCCUUGUCCAGGUCGGCGACUGGGGCACAUUCCAGAUCGAGAAAAUCACAGCUGCACCACUCGCGACACGAAAAAGUAAGCGAGAGGAUACCAUGAACGUGGAUGACGCUUCAGCCGAGGAGGUCCUGGACGCCCCCACUGAUGAUCAGGACGGCCUUGACGAUCUCGCGCCCGAAGAGGCUGUCAUGGGCGAUGCCGAGGACGAGGAUAUGGGUGCUGCCACCACCGUGACAACGUCAAAGAAAGGGGUGUUAUUAGAUGAUCACCACUAUUUCUCAGACGAUGACCAAGUUCAGGAAUUAACCAUGCCCAAGAAGGUGCCGAAGGGCACAUCAAAAUACCAAUCCGCGUGGUAUCUGGAGGGUGACGACGUGUCAGAUUCUGGCUCGGAUUUGGAAGACUAUGAAAUGCAAGAUGCUGGGGGCGAUGAGGAAGCAGCACAGCCGGAAGACGGGAUGGAGGGUCUAGCUAGAGACGCUAUGACAGAGGCUGGGCCGUCCGAGUACCCUCAAUCCGUGGCAUUUGUUGAGCCAGAUGAAGAGGAGGAUGCGAAGGCGCUAGAAGCUUACCGAAAACAGAAACGGAGCGAAGCCGAAGAUGACCUGGAAUUCCCCGACGAGAUCGAACUGCAUCCAAAUGUUCUUGCCCGGGAACGACUGGCGAAAUACAGGGGUCUCAAAAGUCUGAGGACAAGCCCCUGGCUGGAGGACGAAGACCGCGCAUUUGAACCCGAGGAGUGGCGGCGGCUGCUGCGGAUUUCCAACUAUCAAGCGUCCCGGAUCAAGGCGGCACGGGAGGCCCUAGCUGGCGGCGUAGCCCCUGGAAGUCGGGUCCACGUCCACAUUAAGGGCGUGCCAUCGACAGUUCAGAACUCGUACGACUUGAGCAGGCCGGUUACCCUCUUCUCUCUCCUGAGGCACGAGAACAAGCGGACUGCUGUCAAUGUUCUCAUAAAUCUCAGCUCGGACUACCCGACUUCGAUCAAGGCUAAGGAGGAGCUCAUCAUCCAAUAUGGACCCCGACGUCUAGUUAUCAACCCGCUUUUCUCCCAAGGCGGCAGCACACCAAACGAUGUGCACAAAUACUGCCGCUAUCUACACCCCGGGCAGUCCGCUGUGGCAACUUUUAUGGGCCCUCUGACAUGGGGUUCCGUGCCGGCCCUCUUCUUCAAGCGGACCGUUCCGGGUACCGAAGCCCAAGACGAGGAGUCCACCCUGCCGUUGACGCUCGUAGCCACUGGAACAACGCUGCCGCCAUCAACGUCGCGCGUCAUUGCCAAGCGGGCUAUUCUCACUGGCCACCCAUACCAUAUCCAUAAGAAGGUCGUCACCGUCCGGUACAUGUUCUUCAACAGGGAGGAUGUGGAGUGGUUCAAGGCCUUGCCGCUGUGGACCAAGAGAGGACGCAGCGGGUACAUGAAGGAAGCGCUUGGCACGCAUGGCUAUUUCAAGGCCAACUUUGACGGGCGCAUCAACCCACAGGACUCGAUUGGGGUCAGCCUGUACAAGCGGGUGUGGCCGCGCAAUGCUCGGUCGCUGGAUGGGUUGUUGCUCGAUCCUGCGUUGGUGAAGGAAGGCGAAGUAGAUGCGAUGGAGGCCGAUGUUGAGUAG